UAAGCCGAACCGACACGCCUUCUGUUUCCUUCAAUCCUACGAUUCCGGGUACCUAAAAACCCCUCGUCUCUCUGCUUUCCUUGACAAGCUGACACAAUCGAACACACACGAACUCCACCAUGUCUGCUUCGAAGCCCUCUCAAACCCCAAAUCCUCUCUACCCACAAGUUAUUCUCUCAAACCCAGAAGCCAAAUCUCCAUUUUCAACCAACCCCACUUCUUCUUCGUCCCUAUACCCUUCUAUUGACGUGAACGGCCUCGCCGAGAAACUCUUCCCGGCCGAAGACGACGCCGUUUCUGGGACCUCUUCAAGUUUGCAAUCCUACGAAGAUGUUCUUGUCAGGGUUCCAGGCGUGUUGGUUCACCUCAUUGAGAAAGACCGUAGUGUGGAGCUCGCGUCCGGUGAGCUCGCUAUAGUUGGCCUCAGGCAAGGCGAUAACGUCGUCACAGUUCUUGCUCGUGUAGGUGAUGGGGUUCAGUGGCCGUUGGCGAAGGACGAGGCGGCCGUGAAGCUCGAUGAGGCACAUUACUUCUUUGCUCUUCGGGUUCCGGCAACUGGGUCGGUGGGAAAUGGUGAGGAUGAUGAAGAUUUUGGGAGUAAAGAGUGUGAGAUGUUGAACUAUGGGUUGACGAUUGCGUCGAAGGGACAAGAGGCUUUGUUGGAGGAAUUGGACCGGGUUUUGGAGAAGUAUAGCUUUUUUUCGGUGCAGAAGGUGGGGGAGCAUGGGAAAUGGGAGGUGUUGGAUGGCUCGGUGGCGAGGGAGAUGACUCCUGGAGAGUUGGAGUCGGAGGAGAGCAAGGAGUUGAUGGGGAAGAGCUCGGCGGCGUACUGGACGACGCUGGCGCCGAAUGUGGAGGACUAUAGUAGCCGCGUGGCGAAGCUGAUUGCUGCAGGGUCGGGGCAGCUGAUUAGGGGCAUUUUGUGGGGCGGUGAUUUGACUGUUGAUAGGUUAAAGUGGGGAAAUGAGUUCUUGAAGAAGAGGAUGAGUCAGAGUUUCAAUUCGGAAAUUAGUCCAGAAGCGAUGAGGAGGAUGAAAAGGGUUAAAAAUUUGACGAAGAUGUCAGAGAAGAUGGCUUCUGGAGUCCUUUCUGGGGUUGUCAAAGUCUCUGGAUUCUUUACAAGCUCACUAGUGAACUCUACAGUGGGCAAGAAAUUUUUUAGCCUUCUCCCUGGAGAAAUUAUCCUUGCUUCCUUGGAUGGAUUCACCAAGGUCUGUGAUGCUGUUGAAGUUGCUGGAAGGAAUGUCAUGUCAACCACUUCAGUUGUGACUACCGGGCUUGUUUCACAGAGGUAUGGAGAACAAGCAGCACAAGUGACAAAUGAGGGGCUUGACGCUGCGGGAUAUGCUAUUGGUACUGCUUGGGCUGUGUUCAAGAUAAGGAAAGCUAUCAACCCCAAGAGCGUAUUCAAACCAACAACUCUUGCCAAAGCUGCUGCGAAAGCAAAUUCUACUGAACUGAAGGCUAAACAAACAUAAGAAGUAAUGGCAGGGCCGCAGGGUUUUUUUUUUUUCCUUCACUUUUGUAUGAAUAGCAGAUAUAGCUAGAAAUAAUAUAAGCACUUCAUCUUAGUUCCUUCAAUAGCAAGUUCUUGAUAGAUGUAAGCGAAUGUAUUUUUUCUUUUCUUGUAUGACAGUGGAUGCUUUAGUGAUAAAGCUUGUAAGAGGUCUUCUGUAAUUUGGUUUGUACCCCAAAAUUAAGGGUGACAAUUCGUGUUUGUA